CCGUCUCUCUCUCUCUCUGUCUCUCUCUCUAUCUCUCUCUCUCUCUCUGGCUGGCUCUCCCGGUCUCAUCGCGGGGGGCUGGCGUGUGAUCUGAUCUCCGACCUGUCCUCGCGACCCACCGGGAGGGGGAACACGACACAAUCACCACCCAACACGCGCUCGACUGGGGCCAGGCUGUGCGAGUCACGGAUCGCUCCCGAGUCGCCCCGCGCGCUCGCCCAUGGGCUUGCGCCCAUGGAGGGGGACGUCAUGGACAAACUGGGGGACAUGGCCUCGGUUUAUGAGUUCGACCCGAUCACCGGGAACAUUCCCGCUACUAAAGUAGAGAUCACCGUCUCAUGCAGGAAUCUACUAGAUAAAGACACAUUCUCCAAAUCUGACCCAUUGUGUGUGCUCUACACCCAAGGAGUGGAGACCAAGCAGUGGAGAGAGUUUGGGAGAACAGAGGUGAUUGACAACACUCUAAACCCAGACUUUGUCAGGAAGUACAUCCUGGACUAUUUCUUUGAGGAGAAGCAGAAUCUACGCUUUGACUUAUAUGAUGUGGACUCUAAAAGCCCAGACCUAUCCAAACACCCUUCUGAUCUCAACGACUUCUUGGGUCAAGUGUUCUGUACCCUGGGGGAGAUCGUGGGGUCACCUGCCAGUCGACUGGAGAAACCACUGGGGGGGAUAGCUGGGAAGAAAUGUGGCACCAUCAUUCUGUCUGCAGAGGAGCUGGGAAACUGUAGAGACAGUGCAACGAUGCAGUUCUGUGCCAACAAACUGGACAAGAAGGACUUCUUUGGCAAGUCAGAUCCUUUCAUGGUGUUCUACAGGAGCAACGAAGACGGAACGUUUACUAUCUGCCAUAAGACAGAGGUGGUGAAAAAUACGUUGAAUCCAGUUUGGCAGUCAUUCACCAUUCCUGUCAGAGCACUCUGCAAUGGGGACUUUGACAGAACGAUCAAGAUAGAGGUGUAUGACUGGGACCGAGAUGGCAGCCAUGACUUCAUAGGGGAGUUUACCACUAGUUACCGGGAGCUGGCUCGAGGCCAGAGCCAGUUCAAUGUCUAUGAGGUGGUGAAUAUCAAAAAGAAAAUGAAGAAAAAGAAAUAUGGGAACUCUGGAACGGUGACCCUCCUCUCCUUUUCAGUGGAAUCAGAGUGCACCUUCCUGGAUUACAUCAAGGGAGGGACCCAGAUCAAUUUCACUGUGGCCAUCGAUUUCACUGCGUCUAAUGGUAACCCAUCCCAGUCCACUUCUCUACACUAUAUGAACCCAUACCAGAUGAAUGCAUACGCCAUGGCCUUGAAGGCUGUAGGGGAGAUCAUCCAGGACUACGACAGUGAUAAGAUGUUCCCUGCCUUGGGCUUCGGAGCCAAGCUGCCCCCGGAUGGACGGGUCUCACACGAGUUCCCACUGAACGGUAACGUAGAGAACCCUUACUGUAACGGUAUAGAUGGCAUCCUGGAGGCCUAUCACGAGAGUCUGAAGACMGUUCAGCUCUACGGACCAACCAACUUCGCCCCRGUAGUCAACCACGUGGCCAGUUAUGCUGCAGCGGUUCAGGACGGGUCCCAGUACUUCGUCCUCCUCAUCAUCACAGACGGAGUCAUAUCAGACAUGGCUCAGACCAAGGAGGCCAUCGUCAAUGGAGCUAAACUGCCCAUGUCCAUCAUCAUCGUGGGAGUGGGACAGGCUGAGUUUGACGCUAUGGUGGAGUUGGAUGGUGAUGACAUCAGAAUUUCAUCCAGAGGGAAGCUUGCAGAGAGAGACAUUGUCCAGUUUGUCCCAUUUAGAGACUACAUGGACCGGACAGGAAACCACGUGUUGAGUAUGGCCCGGCUAGCCAAGGAUGUCCUGGCUGAGAUCCCUGAUCAGUUAAUCUCCUAUAUGAAGAGUCGGGGCGUCAAACCCAACCCCACACCGCCUCCCUACACACCCCCUGGACACACACACCACACACAGAUCUGAGUCCACCGCACAAACCUCUACACUGACUACUGACGAGUCAAGGAUUUGCAGACCCUGGGAACUCUCUACUUCCUGGUUGGAAUGUUGGGACGGGAAGUGGUGUGAUAGGAAGUUGUUGAAGCAAUAGGGUGUUUGUGUCGGGACUCUCCCAGACAGGUGACUCUUUGGAGAAGACAACAGCGUUUCUGUCCAUUGUGGUUCUAUCUAUUCGGUCUGUUUCUCUGAGGAAGAGAGACGGCAAUGGACAGACCAUUCGAGGACUUGUCUCUUUAUCAACAUACAUGGGCCAGUGACUGUUUCUUCUUGUCUUGUUUGAGAGCAGGUGGGUGAAGGGGUCAUGUGGGGUCAUGUUGUGGUUGAAACUUGUGCCUGUCUGUGAUCUGGUUGUCUAACUGUAAUGGGACAAGUGGAACCCURAUCUGAACUCUGACCUGUGACUUUUGACCUAGCUCGCCAUUGGUGUAUUAGAGUGUGUGUGUUAAGGUGAUGUUUUUGGAUACUUUUCCAUUCAUUUUUGUUUUGGGCCUGAGACACAUUCCCAUAUUGAUUUGUAGCUUUAUUAUUUAAGGUUGGAAAAAAAAGAAAAGUGUAUUCACCUUGUGWGUUUUCUUUUUAAGUCAUUGGGUGUCUUUGCUUUUCAUACUCCCAUAAGUUGUAGACUCUUCUCUUGCUUUCUAUUUUAAAGCAUGUUCGUAUAGGAUGGAAUUCCCCAUAUGUCUGUAUUUAUAAUGUAUCAAAAGUGGCAUGGAUAUAUAAUUAAUAUGUGACCAUCCAGUUUGGAUUUCUCAAUUACAAACAAGGAUAGUUUAACAAUAUGGAAAAGCACAAGGGAGAGCUCAUCAUAGCUCUCUAAACCACUUAACCACCACCACAGGAAUGUAACUAUGCACAUCAGCGUUUGGACACAAUAACCUGUCUGUGACAUACAUACAUACAUACAUACAUACAUCAGAAGUAUUGCUUUCUUUUUUCAAGGGUUCUGAUAGUUUACCAUGUCCUAUUUGGUAUCAGUCAAAGAGUGAAAAUAUAUACUAAUCUUUCAACUACUAUUUUCUUCUCUCUCUCUUUCCAUCUCUCUUUCUUUCCAUCUCCCUAAUUCCCAUAGUGAAUGGAUUUUGGUUUAUUGACAUUAAACUGCUGGAUAAAGACAGCAAAUGUAUUCACUUGAAUCGCAUUUAAUUCCAUUGAAACCUUUUCAUAAUCAACAAUAACUCGCCCACCAGUCCUUUUACCGUCCACCCCWCUCUCUCUGGUCACCCAACAGCUUCUCUGCUCCCUGAGAAUAAGCCAUUAUUGUGUUAUAAUCAGAUAAAGCCAGGCUGAAAUGAAAUCAAGCUGAGGAGUAUAGACAGUCUGGACACCUGCUGCACAGCACACAUAGACAGACAGAGGGACGGAUCUCCUCAGCUAGCUAAAUACUCUGUAGGCCUUAACGUACUGUAGACAGCAUUCCAACCAAGCCUGAUAAACAACUAAGGUUGACCAGUUCUGUUAACUUUUCCAAAAUGUUCAGGUUUUCCAGAAAUCCUGCUUUGAAAAUUCCUGGAAUCACAAGGAACAUUCCUUGAAAACCUAGGAAUUCUUUGCAAAGUUACCGGAAUUUUGCAACCCUAUACACGUCUCUCUUCUCUUGGAGUUAUAAUCGCUAAAAGUGCUGUAUGUUUUGGAAAUGGCUCAGCCUGGUUUUGUACAGUGUUGUGUGUAAUAUAUGGGGGUAAAGACAAAUGGUAUAUCUGAUAUCUAUACAGUUAAUUAUAUGGCUUGUUUUUUCUUACUAAGUGGUGUGGACCUAGAGUAUCAGGAGUGAGUGUGUGUGUGUUCAAUAAUAAGAGUGGUUUACAACAGUACAUAUUCCUCCUGUUAACUUUAAGGAAAGCACUUUAUUCUAUUCCUUAAGAGGUGUACUGCUACUUCGACAGUAUGUUUAUUUAUACAUUUUUAGAGAUGGUGAUCUUAUUGAUAUAUUAUAUGAUUAACUUGAUUUUCUUCUGGAAUUUGUAUGAUUAAAAGCCAUUUAUUCUGCCGACAACGCCACAAMAAUAGAAGUAGACUUGCACACUGACUUCAAUGGGGAUGUUAUUCGUUCUAGUAAUUCUAUUUCUAUGGCRACGCUAUAAAAAMACAGUAUCUCUCCUCAAUCGACCCCUGAUCUGUAGGAUUGCCAGAUUGUGUACAAGAUCCAUCCACUCACCUGGGAUGCAUUGACAGUGUUUUAUAUUCUGUGCCAACUAUCUGUAACACUAGCCCCGUUUAUAACUGGUUCUAGCUUGCGUCCUUGUCCUGAUCUUGUCCACAUUCUGAUUGCGCAUUUUUUGACCGGUCUAGACAAUCAAAAGACACAUUGUGAUCUGAUUGUGAUCAGAUCAUUCUGCCCACCUCUGGAGGUAGUCAGACACACAUCGUGUCUGGAUAUCUUACAGGUGUAGACAGAUCUGGACAGAGAAACCAUUUAAAUCAUAAUUAUUCAGCCAUCUAAAAUCAUUGAAAAGUGGCACCAAUAACCGAUUACAUCAAUAUGUGUCUUACAAUAAAUACAUAUUAUUUUGAAUGAAUAGCUGUGAAGCUAUUUGCAGAAAGGUGCCAGGAAAGUGCCAGGAAAUCUGGUCACAAUGCAGAUGAUAUCAGACAUGUUUUAAGCACAUUUCUGUGUAGACACAUUUCUGGAAAUGUGGGCACAAUCAUAAUGUAGACAAGAUCAGGACAUAGGACCCAUAUAGCACCAGGUAUAAAUGGGAUUAUAGACACCAUUUCAUCUGGAUUAAUGGCCACAAGUUCAGUGGACUGUUUGCUUUCUCUUCUCUCUCUCUCAUGCCUGGCCAUUUCUGCUGUUACCGUGAGAUUUCUUGACAGGAAGAGAGAUCACACAUAGAAAAACUGUAACCGACCAGCAUGUUGCAACAAUUAACUUUUUUUUAUCCUCUUUUCACUUUUGUUGUUUAUCCCUCUGGGUUUSUAAUGUGCAUGGUUCCCCUUUUUAUUUGAAACGUUUUUUGUUGUUGUUGUACAUGAUCGUUGUCAUACGGUGGGUUGUGAAAUGCUUUGUAUUGGAUUGCCUUAAAUGAAAAUGAAUAAAACAAAAACAAAUGACUACUUUUA